CCCACGUGCACUGUGUGAUGUUACCAGGGAGACGAGUCACACAUUAACAGGUUCUGGGGAGCCGAGGAGCGAAUCACGUGACUGGGGAGCGCCUUAUCAAGGCCAAGGAGCAACAGAUAUCAUUUGGAAUGGCAGAAUCACUGGACCUUUGCCUUUUUUCUAUCUUCGUCAUGUCAUUUUAACUCUUCACCGGUAACAGUGACACAAAAUGCUCUUAUGAACCGACUCCGAAUAAACUAUCAGACUGUUAUUGGUGGCUGUUUUACAACCACAGACCUUUAGCAUCCAAGAAUUUAAAAUAGAUUCAAAAUGAAUCGAUACACAACAAUGAAACAGCUUGGAGAUGGCACGUACGGAAAUGUGCUGAUGGGGAAAAGCAAUGAGUCUGGAGAACUAGUAGCCAUCAAAAAGAUGAAAAGGAAGUUCUAUUCUUGGGACGAAUGUAUGAAUUUAAAAGAAGUGAAGUCCCUAAAAAAACUUAAUCAUGUCAACGUGGUGAAAUUAAAGGAGGUAAUCAGAGAGAAUGACCAACUCUAUUUCGUAUUUGAAUAUAUGAAGGAAAAUCUUUAUCAGCUGAUGAAAGACAGAGAGAAUAAGAUGUUCUCUGAGAGUGAAAUCAGGAACAUUAUGUUUCAGGUGCUUUCAGGCUUGGCCUUUAUACACAAGCAUGGGUUUUUUCAUCGGGAUAUGAAACCUGAAAAUCUUUUAUGUAUGGGUCCGGAGCUUGUGAAAAUAGCAGAUUUUGGGCUAGUACGAGAACUGCGAUCUCAGCCGCCCUAUACAGACUAUGUGUCCACCCGAUGGUACCGGGCCCCCGAAGUCUUGCUGAGAUCUUUAACGUAUAGCUCUCCCAUAGACCUAUGGGCAGUUGGCAGCAUUAUGGCUGAAUUGUAUACCCUCAGACCCCUCUUCCCUGGAACAAGCGAGGUUGACGAGAUCUUUAAAAUCUGCCAGGUUCUGGGGACACCAAAAAAGAGCGACUGGUCUGAAGGAUAUCAGCUGGCAUCGGCUAUGAAUUUCCGCUUUCCACAGUGUGUCCCUAUAAACCUGAAAACUCUCAUACCCAAUGCCAGCGAAGAGGCAUUAACACUGAUGAGAGACAUGCUGCAUUGGGACCCCAAAAGGCGCCCCACAGCCAGUCAGGCUUUAAGGUACCCGUAUUUUCAAGUUGGACAUGCACUGGGCCCUCCAACACAAGUUGUGGAACAGAAAAAGGCUGUAAAUAAGCCGGCACAAUCCAUUGAGCCUCAGGCGCUCUUUGAGAUAAAAAAGCAAUCUUCCUCUCCUCCUAAUGCACCAGAGAAAACAUCAAAUGACUCGCCUGCUCCAAGCAGGCCCCUCCAGCAAAUACAGCUGCCACAAAGCACAGCUGACAACCAGCUGCCAUCCAAACAUCCUCAGGUGACUCUUCCCAACAUCAGGAAAAUCAUAUCACCGAAAGCAACGGUCGGUGGACCACAGAACAGUGCUGUUAACGUAAAGCAUGGAAGGCGGCGCUGGGGGCAGUCGGUUCUGAAGGACAGUUGGGAUGAGUUUGACACAGACUUUGGUAUUUCUUUUUCAAAGAAGCCUAGCAUGACAAUGGCUAAAGAGAACAAAAAUGAUGAUUUGGACUUCACAGAUUCUACUGAUUUAAACAAAAGUGUAAAUAUGGUUACAGCAAGAACAGACUCUGGUAAAACAUUGUCUGCCAAACAGCAUUACCUCAGACAAGCAAGAUAUCUACCAGGUAUGAAUCCCAAGAAUGUGACGCUGAUAUCUACUAAUAAGGAAGCUAACCAUUCUACUUGGGGCAGUUCCCUGUCAACUAAACCUCUUGCUCCCAUUAAUGGCGGAGUGGCAUUAAACAGAAACAAUGCAGGAACACUUGCAGGAUUUGCUGGUCCAACAUACAACACCACAGGAUACAUUCCUUCUUUUUACAAGAAGGAGGUUGGAUCAGCAGGACAGAGGAUACAGCUUGCAGCGAUUGCACCAACUACAACUUUACCCAUUGAUGCUGUUAACGGUAAACCAAAAAUUAUUAAACCUAAACCCAGCUGCCCAAAGGUAGUCACUGAGAAUAGCUCAGAUUUUGACAUGUGGAAAACAAAAGGUGUGCGGCCUCAGCUACCCGGCCCUCCCUUCAAGCCAGCAAAUAAAAACCUUGCUGUGCUAAACCGACCUCAACCAUUUCAGCCAGUGCAUGGAAGGACGGACUGGAUCUCCAAGUAUGGUGGUCAUCGUUGAUGUGCGCAAAGAUUAUUUCGUUUACAUCCCCUGCUAAACUGUCGUUGCUCAAGAUUUUCUCCAGAAACAUCAUCUGCCAAAUUGUAUCAUCAAAGCUAGUGUGCACACUAUAUUUUGCAAGUCUCCUGCAAAGCUGACCAAUUUGCUUUUUAAGAAAACCAAAUUUGAAAAUACAUUUAUGUGAACGACGUAUAGAGAAAUGUGUCAUCUAUGGGCUAUAUAAGAUACCAGUUAUACCAUGUUCCAGUGGACUUUGACACCAAACAACUGUCAGCUUGAGGCUGUUGAUUUUGUAAGGAAUCAUGGCUAAUAUUUAUAUUAUACAAUAUGUAUGCCUAUAAACACUUAUCUAAUAACUGAAACUAUCAAAGCAUAAGCAACAUGAGCUUACGUUAGUAUUACCAAAAAACAGAAGCUGCAACUGGAUUUUGGUUGUGGUAGUAAAUGGCUGCCAGUAGGAAAGUGCUGGAGAGAAGCAAAUAAAAAGAUAUAUA